UUGUGUUAGUAUUGGUGUCUCACACUGACAUAGACAGAGUCUCACAUUUUUUCAGAGGUGUCGAUAAUAAAGAAAUUUGUCCCUAAUUGAAAGGAAAAAUAUAAUAAAAUGCAAGGACCAAUAUGCAAAAUGACAAUCUUUGUUUCUAUUCAUGCCAAUCUUAUUUUCACAUUCAAAGAACAUCACACAACAAAACAAAGUUAACAACAACAGCCUCAAUUUGCUUCAUCACACAAACUCACAAACACAAAGCAGAACAAUCAUCUUACAAAUCUCAGCUCUCUAACAUAAUUAGUACUAUCUUUGAAAACCAUUGAAGCAUUUCAAAGGUUAUGGCUUUUCUUCUACCAAAUCUCCAACCUUAUCUUCAAACUCAAUCCAAAUCCAAAGACAAGCCUCUUCAUCAAACCCUUUCACAACCAAAACCCACUUCUCAUUUUCAUGUAUCUUCAACUUCCUCAGCUUCUUCUUCUCCCUUAGCCAAUCUUCAAACUUCAACUUCACAACAACAGCUUCCAAAAGAUGAAUUCUAUGUCAACCUUGGACUUGCCGUGCGAACUCUCCGCGAAGACAUGCCUAUGAUCUUCAUCAAAGACCUCAAUUAUGAUAUCUAUAGGGACGAUAUAACAUUUUUGGACCCGUUAAACACAUUUACCGGAAUCGAAAAGUACAAAUUGAUCUUCUGGGCAUUGAGGUUUCAUGGAAAACUCUUGUUUCAUGAGAUAUCACUUGAUGUAUACAGAGUGUGGCAACCUUCAAAGAAUGUAAUACUGAUUAGGUGGAACCUCAAAGGCGCACCGCGCGUCCCUUGGGAAGCUAAAGGAGAAUUUCAAGGCACUUCAAAGUAUAAGUUAGACAAAAAUGGCAAGAUUUAUGAACACAAAGUUGAUAACUUAGCAUUCAGUUUUCCACAAAAUGUUAAACCAGUUUCAGUUUUGGAUUUGAUUACUUCUUGCCCUGCAAGUCCAAAUCCUACAUUUUUGUGGGGUUCUGUGGAUAUCUACUCUUCUUCAUGGAUAAUUUUAUAUAAGACAGUUAGGGAGACAAUAUUAUAUCAAGAAAGAAGUUUGUUGCCACAAGAUGGUCUAGCUACUUGUUCAUACCUAUGAGCUAUCGCACGACGGAUCCAAAAAUUGUAGGAGCAAUACUCAUGUAAUGUAUGAUGUAUAGUAUAUGUUGUGACAACUUAUAUAUAACAAUCAAUAUGUAUAAUAUCGAGUUUGUUGUAGUCGGCUACCUGGAUCCGCCCCCAUUGUAUAAUAUAUAUAUAUAGAUCAAAGA